GUCUCUACUCAAAGUUCUCCUAGCCAGCUUGGCAGUCCAAUUCAUAAUACUUUCCCCAGUAGCCCCCCUCAACCCAGCAAUAGCAGUCAAGGCUCCCCCCCUUAUAAUACCCCUGAGGGCAGCAAUAGUCCUAGUUCCGGUUCUGGUAAUGACGUCAAUGACGGCGAUGAUAAACAGUCUCAACCACAAGGGGGGGCCGUUGAAACGACGGCGGAUCAACUUGGGUCCGACGUUACCAUGGGUGAAGACGUAGAUCUUUCUGUCUAUCAUAUCGGCCCUCAAGGCCCUGCCGGUCCUGCCGGUAGUGAUGGUAAUGUGGGUCCAUCCGGGCCUGCUGGACCGGGUGGUCCUUCUGGUCCUCAAGGUCCCAAAGGCAAUAAGGGUGAUAAAGGUGACCGUGGAGCUAUGGGUCCUGCUGGCCCGCCCGGUCCUGGUUGUGAAUGUAAAGCCAGUGGUUGUACUUGCGUUGCCGGAGGUUCUGGUCUAUCGGUGUUAGCUGGUUCGGCGGGCCCAUCGGGACCCCAAGGUCCUCCCGGUCCACCAGGUCCACCAGGCCCUCCUGGUCCUCCAGGUCCUCCGGGGCCACCCGGUCCUCCUGGAGCCCCUGGACCAUCGGGUCCUUCUGGGCCGGCGGGACCACAGGGACAAGCUGGAUUUCCGGGACCUGUCAGCGGUUUCCAUUCAAUAGAGUUUAUUCCUACAUCACCAGGUGAUACCCCCAGUCCAAUGGAUCUUUCACCUGCCUCAUCACCAGGUCAUAGCCCUCCUCAUGACACUAGCCCUCCUAGUGGUUCUGAUGGUCUUCCAAACGGCCUUCCAAACGGCCUUAGCGUUCCUAGUGGUCCUAGUGGUCCUAGUAACGUUACCGUUACCGGCUUUAGAGGCUUUGGAGGCUUUGGAGACCCUGAUGGCGUCAAUGGUGUCAACGGUGUCAACGGUGUCAACGGUGCUAAUGGUGCUAAUGGUGCUAAUGGUCCUGGUGGUCCUGGUGGUCCUCCUGGCAGUCCUCCAGGCGUUUCUCCACGCGGUUCUCGAGGCGGCUCUCCAUUCGGCUCUCCAUUUAGCUCUUCAAGUUCUAGCUCUUCUAGCUCUUCGAGUUCUAAUGGCCCUGAAGAACCCCCAUUCAAUCCUGGAGGACCUCCUCGGCAACCGCUUGGUCUAGCAGAUCUGCCCAACGAAAUACUUAUCAAUAUUGUUGAGUCACUUACUCCUCAAGAACGCUUGAGUCUGGCGAAUUCGCUUCCCAAUAUCUUCCGGUCGGAUGUACAUAUUGACAUCUACAGAUGGGAAGCUCAGAGGCAGCAAAACAGGCUGGUCCUAUACCCUCCAGGAGCGGGCCCACCGCUUAAUUUCAACCCGAAUGAUGAAUUGCCGCUUCUCACAGUCGCUAUCAACCAGGGCCGUAGUGCAGAAUUCAUCAAUGAACUUGUGCAUGCGUACGAGAGCAUCGCAGUUAAUAUCAUUAACAAUAUGUACGUGAAUAGGCCGUUCCUGCCACCGCUAAUGCACUCUAUCGCCCUUGGAAGAGCCGAUUACUUUGCGCUUUUCCUCGAAUUAGGCGCAGAAAUGGAAUUACGCAAUACACCCGCCUUAUACAUUAUAAGGGGCACAGGACAUGGUGGUACCUUGGACUAUCUUUUCGAAACUUACGAUCGGCUCCGCUGGCUACCUUAUGAUGACGUUCCGUGGGAUUCCCCUGAGUUCGAGCCCUUGCGUCUUGUGGAGGAAAUGAUGUUAACCUACAUGCGAAGAAUGCACCUAACCCCUACCAUUGAGGCGGACGGGCAAUUGAAUGAACCAUUCAGAAGGGUGAUCGACCAUGGGAUGGAUACGACACUCCGAACCUACCUCGAGGAUUUGGCCGCAGUAUUCGGCGGUCACUCUAUCGCUCCCACUAACCCAGCGAUGCCAUUUGUUGUCGGACACCUUGUUCAGAACGUUGUCGCCCAUAACUUUGGCCUGGCGCGCUAUGAAGCUAGAAGGACAUUCGUUCAACGAAGGGAGCAGUUGAUUCGCGAUUUGAUUAUGGAAGGAGUCCAGAUGCAGGCAUCAAUUUUGUUCGAUGUCAUGCACAAUAAUGUCACCAACGCCAGAAUUGUCCUUCAGGCAAUGCUUGACCGAGCGCCCCACGGCUCACAUGAGUUGAUCAAUUUCCUUUUAUCAUUAGCUUACCUUAGGAUUCAGGGAGCCGAAGACUUCUGGUCAACAUUCAAUCGGGCCCUUGACCCUUAUCCGAAUAUCCGAGGCCGUCUCUACUACUCGGCCAUUCGCGACGCGCACCACAACAUGACCGCUGCUGAGUUUGUAGAUUACUUGCAUAAUCACGGCAAUGUUACGGUCGUGCCUAUCCAAGUAGUCUAUGAUAUAAUCAAUUCAAACAGCAUGACGCGAUUACGGCAGCUAUACCAACUUUUCCCCGGGUUCGAUAUCAAUCACGUUCCAGCGCUGACGCUACCUCAAGGCGCACUUCCGAACGAUGUUAUGGUUAACUUCGACUUAACGCGACGGGUACCACAACUAUGGGACGUCAAUGACGCCCGGGCUGCGUGGGGAUUGACGCCCGUCGAAAGCGCAAUCAUGGAUAGGAGAUAUGCAAUGGCACUACAUCUUAUCCGUGAGCAGGGCGCAAACCCCGCAGUUAGAGACCAAAUUUUCAUCAUGAUGCUCAACGGAUUAGAUAUCCUCAGGAACUCAAUCAACGAAUAUGAUCCUACGGCUCGUCUUACUUACCAUGUUACCCCUCUAGCCUACACCGAUGAAGCCAACCUUUUGCCACAAAACAAUGGCGAGGCUGCCUUGCGGGAGUACUUCGCGGUCUGUCGCCUAGUCCUAGGAAAUUCGUUUGACUCAUACGACCCGGAGGAAGAGUAAAUCCCCAACAGGGUGUAAAGACGACCAAAACCAACGACAAAGAUCGACUAGAAAUGUCGAUGAGUCGGGAACAACCAAGCAGACAAUGACCCAUCCCACUGCGAAAAUCCAUACCUUUUAUCUAUUCUUCACUUCUGGAGUUUAUGUUUCUUUUUUUAAUUUAGUACG